AUGAUAGCUCUAUUAUAUCUGUUCACUGCGUUCGCCACUUUAUCACUGACGGCUUCCCUCCCAAAGACCGACUAUGAUGUGAUUGUAGUCGGCGGAGGUCCCUCAGGGCUCAGUGCUGUCAGCGGCCUCUCGCGAGUCCUCAGAAAGACUGUGAUGUUUGAUUCGGGAGAAUAUCGCAAUGCUCCCACUAGGAAUAUGCACGACGUGAUCGGAAACGAUGGAACGGUUCCCAGCGAGUUUCGUGACCUUGCGCGUAAGCAGAUCGCGAGAUACAACAGUUCUACCUUUGUCGACACAAAGGUGGCGACUAUUGACUUUGUCAAUAAUAGUUUCCUGGCUACCGACGUCAAUGGGAAGAAAUAUACAGCACGGAAAGUCAUCCUCGGCACCGGUCUCCGUGAUGUUCUCCCCCCUAUUCCUGGUCUCGAAGAGGCUUGGGGCAAGGGCGUGUAUUGGUGUCCUUGGUGUGAUGGAUUUGAGCAUCGAGACCAGCCUCUCGGCAUCCUCGGCCCUAUGAAAGACAUUAUGGGAUCUGUGUUGGAAGUAUACAGCACCCUCAACAAGGAUAUCAUCGCCUUCGUGAGUGGAACGCAGACGGAAGAACAGGAAGCAAUUCUUGACAAAGCGCACCCUAAUUGGAGGGAGGUUAUUGCCUCGUACGGCAUUAAGCUAGACAACCGCACCAUCACCGAGAUUGAACGUGUUCAGGACGGUGAAGCUCACCAGGACAGCCAAGGAAGACAGUUCGAUAUAUUCCGUCUUCAUUUCGACCAAGGUGACCCGGUAAUCCGGAACGCAUUUCUCACGAAUUUCCCAACCGAGCAGCGCUCCUCUCUCAGCACUGAGAUGGGUCUCCAAAUGCUCGGUAAUAAGAUCGAUUCCCUAGCCAAGGGCUUGAGAACUAGCAAGACUGGUGUGUGGGCAGUGGGUGACGCAAACAGCGAUAAUAGUACCAACGUCCCUCAUGCUAUGUCAAGUGGUAAGACGGCGGCAGUCUAUGCACAUGUUGAAAUGGCGAAUGAAGAGGCAGAGGCUGCCAUUUCGAAACGAACGUCGACACUCUCCGCCAGGGAGCUUCGGAAAGACACUGAGAGGCGCAUGGGUCAUGAGCUUGAAGAUCUGUAUGACACGCUGCGUCGCCGUGACUAA